AAAUGUGCCGUACGUGCAAAGAUGGCAGCGCGUGUGGACUUGCUCCGCUCCAAAGUAGAAGACGAGAGGAUAAGGGACAGCUUUGAUACGUUCAUUAAAGAGAAGAAAAAGAAGAAGAAGAGGGAGCUGUCGCCGUGCGCUGACCAACGGAGGAAGGAGGCGAAGAAAGCGAGGCUCCAUCAGCAGCAUCACAUCCCCCGGCUCCCGGGGACUCAGCCGCAUCAGCUGCAGCUGCAGCAGGGACUCCCGCGGACCCUCAGCCUCAGCGGGGACACACAGAAACAUGUGCUGCACCUGCAGCAGCAGCAGCUGCAGCAGCUCCAGCAGCAGCUGCAGCAGCAGCACGGCUGCACCGGCGGCUCCGGCCACAGCUCCCCGCCCACCUGCCCCGCGCAGCGGCGGCUGCAGCCGCAGCCCGCGGCGGCCGGCCGGCCCCCUCCGGCCAGCUCCGGCCGGCCCCCUGCGCUCCUCACGCCCCGCUCCGCCGCGGCCAAGCCGCACACAUGCCAGCACACGCACGGGGAGAAGGCUCUCAAAGUGAAGGGGAAGAAGGAAAACUCGGGGACUAAUGUGAAAUACCCGGAGCACAAGAAAAAUAAAGAGCUAAAGCCCCACAAUGAAAACGGCAAGUCUCUAACACUGGAGGAAUACCUCCUGAAAAAGAAGAAGAAGAAAAGGAAGCACCAUGAGCAUGACCACAGUUCCAAGAGGGUUCGGUGCAGGCACAACAAAGCGGUUCAGACUGAGUGUGCGGGUCCUGGAGCGGAUCUCACAGCGUUUGUUCGCCCCGACGCCUCCCUGCCCGCCAGCAUAAAGCAGGAAAACACUCAGUGUCCCGUCAGAGAUGUUUUCAGCACCCACCCGCCCUACCUGCAUGCUCUCAAAAUGGGCUGCGUCUCCUUCCACUCCCAUCAAGACCACUGCAUCCGGAGUUCCUGCCUCCAGACGGGGACCAGGUUCGGCCGCUUCAUCCACGAGGAAAAGCAGGCCAACGGCGGGGGUUUGGUCCUGCACGCCUACGCCGAGGAGCUGGCCUGCCUCGGCCCGGCGGAGAUGCAGAGCUUCGCCCAGGAGUUCCUGGAGCUGGCCUUUGCUGAGAAGCCCAGGGGGGCGGCCGUCUACGCCCUGUCGGUGGUGCACCGGGCCGCUGCGUACCUGCCCGACUUCCUGGACUACUUUGCCUUCAACUUCCCCAACACACCAGUCAAAGUGGAGAUACUGGGCAAGAAAGACAUCGAGACCACCACCAUUGGAAACUUUCACUCUCAGGUGAACCGGACUUACUGCUCAGGAACGUACCGGGCCGGACCCAUGAGGCAGAUCAGCCUGGUGGGAGCCGUGGACGAGGAAGUCGGAGACUAUUUCCCAGAGUUCCUCGACAUGCUAGAAGAGUCGCCCUUCCUGAAGAUGACCCUGCCGUGGGGAACCCUCUCCAACCUGCAGCUGGACUGUCGCUCCCAGAGCGAUGACGGGCCCAUUAUGUGGGUGCGACCCGGGGAGCAGAUGGUUCCCACCGCCGACAUGCCCAAGUCCCCCUUCAAGAGACGCAGAUCCAUGAACGAGAUAAAGAACCUGCACUACCUGCCGAGGGCCAGCGAGCCCCGAGAGGUUCUGUUUGAGGACCGGACGAAGGCCCACGCCGACCACGUGGGCCAGAGCUUCGACUGGCAGAGCACGGCCGCCGUGGGCGUCCUGAAGGCCGUGCACUUCGGAGAGAGCGACGACUGGCCCCGGAUAACCAAAGACGUGGUGUGUUUUGAUGCUGGGGAUUUCAGCGAGGUCGUCCAGCGGUUGCAGCUGGAUCUGUACGAGCCCCCGGUUUCUCAGUGCGUCCAGUGGGUGGACGACGCCAAGCUGAACCAGCUGAGGAGAGAAGGAAUCCGCUACGUGUCUGCUCAGCUGUGCGACGACGACGUCUACUUCAUCCCCAGGAACGUCAUCCAUCAGUUCAAGACGGUGUCUGCCGUCUGCAGCCUGGCCUGGCACAUCCGCCUCAAGCAGUACCAGUCCAACGACUCGGGGAGGAAGGAGGAGCAGCCGCCGGGGGACCUGAGCCCCGGCUCGGCCCGGGUCUCCUGCUCCUCCCCCACCAGGCCCGGCUUCACCCCAACCCCCCAUGCAAGACUGCAGAGAGACAGCGUUCACGGUGGGGUGGCCAAGACGGAGGAACCGGAGUUCCAGAGACCAGCGACGCCGUCCCAGGAGCCUCAGCCGGCCCCCCCACAGCCCACCAAGUCUGCUCAGCCUCCCCCCACGUACCGGGACCCCCACCCGUUCAUCUCCCCCAUCCGCUCUGGCAGGGAGGACUCUUUUGAAGGUCUACACCCAAAGUCUCAUGACCCCCCCACGGAGAUCCCUAAAUGACCUACUACACCUCCGACACUGGCCCUUAUUAGACUGAAACUGACAUCAGAAUCAAUCGCUUUAAAUUAUUUCUUGACAGAGUAUUAGGGCCAUGCAGGAGAAAAAAUAUUUGAGAGGGGAAGAUUUUUUUUUUUUAUCGUGCACUUCGAGAAAAAAAGUUGAAAUGUCGUGAAUAAAGUCGAAAUUUCUAGAAUAAAGUUGAAUUUGGUGAAUAAAGUGUAAAUGUCUCCUCUGGUCCAUCAAAUCCAGUUAGCAGAGCGACUGACAGCUCUGCAGCAACAGCCGUAACUAACUAACUAACUUACAUCCUUGGAGUGGAACGUUAAGUUUCUGAAGUUAUGCAACUGCAUAUAUGUGAUAUGUGUUUCAAAUCAAUAUCGUCAUCAAAUUUUUACUUUUUUCUCAACAUUUCGACUUUUUUCUCAACAUUUCAACCUUUUUCUCAAAAUUGUACUUCAACAUUAAUCUCGACAUUUCUACUUUUUUCUCGAGAUUUCGACUUUUUUCUCAACAUUUAGACUUUUUUCUCCAAGUGCAUAAUGAAAAAAAAAUCUUCCUCCUCUAAAAUAUUAUUUUUAUUUUUCUCCUGCCUGGCCCUAAUACUCUUCUGUAGUUUUGAGCCUUUGUUUUUUUUUUUGUUUUUUUUUUAAACAAGUCAUACUGUAAGAGUAUUGUUUAAUGGUACUAAAAAGUAUUUAUUUCUUCAUUUUAUAUUGGUCGCACCCGAACUGUCCAUGGUCUUAUUUAAAGUUUGUGUAAGAUAUUGAACCAUUUGACAUUGUAGUUUUAUUAUACAGUGAUACAUUAGCUGUUUAUGAGUAACUUAUUUCACUUUAUUUCACAAGUAAUUUGUGGAGAUGAAGGGAUAUUUAAAAUCUUUUAAAUAUGAUUUCUCUGGAUGCACAAUCCUCUUAUUAUGGAGCAUAAUUCAUGUCAUUGACAAAUGCCCGGAGACUAACCGACCCAGAGGAUGCUGUGGAUUGACUUUAUUUGAUUGGGUUUGUUUGUAAUUAUUCUGUUAAAGUUUAUUUUAGGAUUGGAAAGCAUACUGUUUCCUUUGAAAAUAAGCAACAUGCAGCUAUCCAAUGAGACGUAAGGCACUUAAGAUAUUUAGCCAUGUGUAUGAUUUUUAUGUAAAUAUCAUUUUAUACAGGACCCUUUUCUUAUUGGGACUGAUUUUGAUAUUUAAUUUAUUUUCUCAAGAGUGCGCUUAAAAUAUGAAGAAGGGUUCUGACCUGAAAACGCACGUUACUUGACGACGAAGGAAUUAUGGCUGUUGAACUUAGCAAUAAUGGUCUGAGAGUUUUUUGCUAUUGCUUGGAGUUGUAUGAGUAUCAUGUUGGCGUGAUACCUCGGGAUACGCCGUUUCAACAAAAAAAAAACAUAGCUUUAGCUGGUAAUGUCACUUGACUUGUGAGGAGACGGUUGUAGAGGGUUUCUGUUGUUGUAAUCGUGUGGUGUGAGAUCAGGGACGUCUGUUCCAGAUGUAGCAAAAAGUGUAUAGAACCACGUCUCUUUUAAAGGGGACCUAUUAUGGCAUCUAAUCCCUAUUUUAAACAGGCCUUGAAUGUCUUAAAAACAAGCUUUUGAUUGUUUUUGCUAAAUAAAUUAGAAAUUGAGCCUUUUAAACCAUGUCUUUAUCAUCUCAUUCUUUAACCUCAUUAUCUAUGUGGGAUUCUGAGUGGGCGGGGCUAUGAUAAUGAGGCACUGUGCUGAUUGGCUGCCUGAAUGACGUGAUACACCGCUACGGAAAAAUGGCGGAAGCUCCGGCUGACGGAGUUAUUUACACCGUGUCAUAACUGCAUGCGAUGCGAGCGAGCGUCAGCGACAAAAUCAAUUCCAUUGUUUUAUUUUCUAUUGGACUGUCCUAACUGGCCGUAGCGACGCAGCGCGUCGUUUUGAGCUGAAUAUUUGUCGGACGCCCUGCUUCUGUUUUUGAAAGCGCUGUAGGAAACAGUCAUGGAUGAGGAACGGCUGAUCCAGUUAGUUGAAAUGAGAAGUUAUCUCUAUGAUUCCUCCUCAUUUCACUACAAAAACCUCAAUAAAGUGGCAGCUGCUGGAGGGAGAUGGACAGAGAGCGUCCGAUGUCACGCAGUGCUACGUGAUAGUCGAACGCUCGCAUGCAGUUACACGGUUUUAUAGUUGUGGGUGUGGUUUGCAUUUUGGUUACGUAACGAAAAUGCACAGAAUCUGAACGGCUCGUAGAUCCACAUCAGACUGGACGGAUCAUCCGGGCGGCUGUACAGACACUGCAGAAUUUGGUUGCUUUCCUCCUUCUCUGAGUUGGCAGGCUGAGGGGAGACCACUUUAUAUAUGUUAAAGCAAGAAAAAACCUGUUUUUCAUAAUAGGUCCCCUUUAAGUUUAGUGAGAUUCAUCGUUUGGGACUGAGAUUUCUCAAGGAAGUUUUCAUUUUGUUGUCUUUUAAAAGUAGUCUUUCAUGAAGGAAGUGAUGUCGCGCUGACUACAUCUUAGUGCCUUGUGCUGUGCAGGGUCGGGCCGGCGGCCUUCCUUCCUUCGGUGUGUGUAGAGGAGGGAUGGAGCACGUUUUCAUGCCGGCUCGGAGCGAACGAAUCCUGCGUCCCAUCGCGUGGUUGAACACGAUGCCUUUCACAUGUAUUCAGAAUUGUGGGGAAUGUGAUUUUCACACUGACACCAUCUACAUGAAUCGUGUCGUCACAUCUGCCUUUUGUUGAACUGUGUUGUGUUCAAGAGCCGGUGUUUUUCCUCAUCCGUGUUUGCACGUGAAACUUUUGUGAUCAUUUCUGUCACUUUUUCAACUGACAAAUUACAAACAGAGUGUAAUUCCUUACUGUUAAAACUGUGGGGAAAAGAAUACCACUCAACAAUGAUGCAUAGUCUUUUAAUAUUUUUCAAUAAAUA